CAAAGUAAACAAGAUGGAAGACGACGGAGGCGUCUUUGCGGGAGAAACCGUGGAAGAGUUUCGCACUUAUGAGGACUUCUUAGAUUCUCAGAUAAAACCUCUGGAUUUAUUUUACCUCGAGGAUCAGGAACUGGCCCGCCAGCUGGUGGAGCUGGGCCACAAGGGUAGCAGUUUGGAGAGAGAGGAAUUUGAGACAAGGAAAGCAGCUGCCGAGGCCUCCAGGCUUGCUUCAGGGAGCCAACAGAAGAAGCUGGCAAGUACAGGAAAGGAACUCAAAGAUAACUUCCUGAGAGCCCUGGCGGAGCGGGAGGAGGCUAACCGCAGUGGGGCAAUGACUUCCAUCAUUUUCAUAAGGGACCGAAAUUCUCACGGACAGGAAAUAUCUGGGUAUAUAGACUACUCCCACCGACUAAAAUCUGAAGACUUUGAACCAUAUUUCAGCGGAAAGAAAAAGCUCAUGCCAAAACCAACUGACUUAAGCUUCUACAACUGGGGAACACAGGUGGCCAAACAUAAUGCCAGCACAAACUAUGAGGUAAUCACAGAAAAUCCAAGCGGCCUGCUCUUCAAGUGCAAGAACGACAGGAAAAUCUUGAAUGUUGACCCAGAGGCAGCACCCGGCGAUAGCUCCAUCCGAACUCCUGUCCAAUGUGACCUAUAUUUGCAUGUUGUCAUUUAUGACCACGUCACCAGAAAACCUGCAAACAGUUCCUGUGCACCGCUCUCCAAUUAAAUGUAUUAAAAAGCACUUGGAGCCUCUAAUUUAAUCUACAUUAAAGCAGUUUUAAUCUUAUAUAUUUCUGACUCCAUAUUGUGGCACAACAUCUGGAUGCAUAGAGUGGCAUAUUAAUGCAAUAGUCAUUUAACAGUGUCUGAAUAAAAAAAUAAGAAAAAAGAAAAUGAUUAUUUUUUGUCUUAUUUAUUUUUUAUUAAUUACUGUGUGCUUUUUAAAAUAUUUAUCAUCUAAUUACACCUUUGAGACACUUGGUGACAUGACUCUCAGAGACUGUCUGAUGAUGCAGUCACUUACUUUGAAACCUGAGCUUUGUAUUGUACUCUUAUCUAAAACAACUCCUCUGUUUGUCUGAACAAAUCAAAGAUAAAGCCCUUUAGAAAGAUGGGGGUUCUUUCAUGUCCCCGCAUGA